AUGACAUUGGACUUGAAGCCCAUGGAAGAUUUUGUUAUUGACGUAGUAGGAGAAGGACUCAGGGAUAACGGAGAGGAGAAUCUCGUGUCCUUACCUUUGGAAGAGGCGAGAAGCGCAGAUUAUGAACCGGACACUUUUUUGACUUCGAGCGGGCAGGACGAGGAUAGGGAGGAUUACUCACCCACGUCGAAUUGUCCUCCAGCAGUAAGUAAAAGCCCGGCGUCGGUAAAGCCUCCGUACUCCUACAUCGCUUUGAUAACAAUGGCCAUAUUACAAAGCCCCAAAAAGCGUCUUACCCUCAGCGAGAUAUGUGACUUUAUCAGCCACCGCUUCGUUUAUUAUCGUGAGAAGUUCCCUGCCUGGCAGAAUUCCAUCAGACACAACCUUUCGCUCAAUGACUGCUUUGUCAAAAUGCCCCGGGAGCCUGGUAAUCCAGGGAAGGGAAACUACUGGACGCUGGACCCCAAUUCUUCGGACAUGUUUGAGAAUGGGAGCUUUCUGCGUCGAAGGAAGAGGUUCAAACGCCAGCAUUUUCGUUUCGGGGUGCUGAAGGAGCAACCCCUAGAGCCCAGUGUCUUUCACAACUUUUAUGGUACUUAUGGACUUGGCACAGCGGGUCUUCAGCUACCCAGUUUGGAGAUAUAUCCGUUCGGCGUCCAUCACCAUGCAUACUCGUCAUGCGCGCCCACCAUCCCACCUGUUAGCAGCCUCCUACCGGCUUUGUCGAGCCUGUUUACCCGGAACUCUUUCGCUGCCAAGGCUUUUCUUCAAUCACAGCAGCCUGUCACUAUCGGGUCCUUCAAUCCGAGCCGCUGUGCCACCUUUUCUUCCGCUAUGACCCCCAGCGCUCCAUACGCGUCCCCUGCGCUGUUCCACUCCGCGGCGUCUCCACAUCUCGUCAGUUUACAUCAAGAAUAUCAGAAAUUACAGACUCAGCGCAGCACCUCUGACCUGGCUAAAUGA